AUGGCAGCCUUCGCGGUGGCCGGGGCCGCCCAGCCCCUCACCGCAGGCAGCGCUCCAGCGGCGCAGCCGGCGCAGGCCCUCCGCGCGGCCUCGCUGCGCGGGUCGCCCGCGCCGGCCGCCGAGGCGUCGCCGUGGCUGCUCGCCACCGCGGCGGCGGGCGCCGCGGCCGUGGGCGCCGCGGCGGCCGCGGCGCCUCGCCGCCGCGCGCGCGCCGCGCCGCUGGCCGGAGCAUCGCGGGCGCGCGUGACGCCCGUGGCGUCGCAGGGGCAGCAGCGCACCUUGCGGGGCGCGCGCGUGGUGGUCUGCGCGGGCGCCAAGCUCCCCGAGGGCCGCAAGCUGCGCGUGGCCGUCAUCGGCGGCGGCCCAGGCGGCGCUUCGUGCGCGGUGACCACGUACCUCAUCGAGCGCAAGUUGGACAACUGCAAGCCGUGCGGGGGCGCGAUCCCGCUCUGCAUGGUGGAGGAGUUCAACCUGCCGCCGCAGCUCGUCGACAGGUGCGUGCGCAAGAUGACCAUGAUCUCGCCCUCCAACAGGGAGGUGCAGAUUGGCCAGACGCUCAAGGACGACGAGUACAUCGGCAUGGUGCGCCGCGAGGUGCUGGACAAGCACCUGCGCGACACCGCGGCCGAGAAGGGCGCCACGGUCAUCAACGGCCUCUUCAUGGGCAUGGACAUGCCGCAGAGCGACGGCGACCCGUACGUGCUGAGCUACAACGACCUCGGCGACCAGACGGGGGAGAUCGAGGCCGACAACGAGUACGCCAUCGCCUUCCAGGAGCGCAUGACCAUCGACGAGAAGAAGAUGGAGUACUACAAGUACGACCACGUCGCCGUGGGCACGGGCACCGUCAUCGACAAGAAGGGCAUCCAGAAGUACCAGCAGGGCAUCCGGGACCGCGCCGCUCCCCGCAUCGAGGGGGGGGCGCUGCACCCUGAUGGCGACGCGGCGGGCUACGUGACCAAAUGCUCCGGCGAGGGGAUCUACUUCGCGGGCAAGAGCGGCUUCAUGUGCGCCGAGGAGGUCGUCAGGGCCUCUGAGAACGGCACCCGCAUGAUCGACGAGAACGACCUGAAGGUCUACAUCCGCAAGUUCGAUGAGCAGUACGGCCCCACCUACAUCGUGCUGGACGCGUUGCAGAAGGUCUUCUACACCUCCGACGCGGCCCGCGAGAGCUUCGUAGAGUUGUGCGAGGAGGAGUACGUGCAGAAGGUCACCUUCGACUCGUACCUGUACAAGACCGUGCAGGGCAACAACCCGAUGGGCGACCUCAAGCUGGGCUGGAAGACGCUCACCAGCCUGUGGAACUACAACAAGAACCCCCCGCCCCCCAUGAAGAAGCUCGAGGCCCACGUGAGCGCCACCGGCAGCGCUCCAGCGGCGCAGCCGGCGCAGGCCCUCCGCGCGGCCUCGCUGCGCGGGUCGCCCGCGCCGGCCGCCGAGGCGUCGCCGUGGCUGCUCGCCACCGCGGCGGCGGGCGCCGCGGCCGUGGGCGCCGCGGCGGCCGCGGCGCCUCGCCGCCGCGCGCGCGCCGCGCCGCUGGCCGGAGCAUCGCGGGCGCGCGUGACGCCCGUGGCGUCGCAGGGGCAGCAGCGCACCUUGCGGGGCGCGCGCGUGGUGGUCUGCGCGGGCGCCAAGCUCCCCGAGGGCCGCAAGCUGCGCGUGGCCGUCAUCGGCGGCGGCCCAGGCGGCGCUUCGUGCGCGGUGAAGCUCGCCGAGGGCGGCGUGGAGACGUACCUCAUCGAGCGCAAGUUGGACAACUGCAAGCCGUGCGGGGGCGCGAUCCCGCUCUGCAUGGUGGAGGAGUUCAACCUGCCGCCGCAGCUCGUCGACAGGUGCGUGCGCAAGAUGACCAUGAUCUCGCCCUCCAACAGGGAGGUGCAGAUUGGCCAGACGCUCAAGGACGACGAGUACAUCGGCAUGGUGCGCCGCGAGGUGCUGGACAAGCACCUGCGCGACACCGCGGCCGAGAAGGGCGCCACGGUCAUCAACGGCCUCUUCAUGGGCAUGGACAUGCCGCAGAGCGACGGCGACCCGUACGUGCUGAGCUACAACGACCUCGGCGACCAGACGGGGGCCGCGCGCAAGGGCGUCAAGAAGACGCUGGAGGUCGACGUUGUGAUCGGCGCAGACGGCGCUAACAGCCGGGUGGCCAAGGAGAUCGAGGCCGGGGACUACGAGUACGCCAUCGCCUUCCAGGAGCGCAUGACCAUCGACGAGAAGAAGAUGGAGUACUACAAGGAGAGGGCCGAGAUGUACGUCGGCGAGGACGUGUCUCCAGACUUCUACGCGUGGGUCUUCCCCAAGUACGACCACGUCGCCGUGGGCACGGGCACCGUCAUCGACAAGAAGGGCAUCCAGAAGUACCAGCAGGGCAUCCGGGACCGCGCCGCUCCCCGCAUCGAGGGGGGCGAGAUCAUCCGCGUGGAGGCCCACCCCAUCCCGGAGCACCCCCGCCCGUGGCGAACGAAGGGGCGCUGCACCCUGAUCGGCGACGCGGCGGGCUACGUGACCAAAUGCUCCGGCGAGGGGAUCUACUUCGCGGGCAAGAGCGGCUUCAUGUGCGCCGAGGAGGUCGUCAGGGCCUCUGAGAACGGCACCCGCAUGAUCGACGAGAACGACCUGAAGGUCUACAUCCGCAAGUUCGAUGAGCAGUACGGCCCCACCUACAUCGUGCUGGACGCGUUGCAGAAGGUCUUCUACACCUCCGACGCGGCCCGCGAGAGCUUCGUAGAGUUGUGCGAGGAGGAGUACGUGCAGAAGGUGACCUUCGACUCGUACCUGUACAAGACUGUGCAGGGCAACGACCCGAUGGGCGACCUCAAGCUGGGUUGGAAGACGCUCACCAGCCUGUGGAACUACAACAAGAACCCCCCACCCCCCAUGAAGAAGCUCGAGGUGGCGUAG